UCUAACAUAUCUCGGCCCAAGGUAGGACCUGGAGGAGAGUCAUCCCCAUCAUGAACCAGAUCAACCACACUAAUGUGAAGGAGUUUUUCUUCCUGGAACUUACUCGUUCCCGGGAGCUGGAGUUUUUCUUAUUUGUGGUCUUCUUUGCUGUGUAUGCAGCAACUGUCCUGGGAAAUGCACUUGUUGUGGUCACUAUCACCUGUGAGUCCCACCUGCACAUGCCCAUGUACUUUCUCCUGCGGAACAAAUCAGUCCUGGACAUCGUCUUUUCAUCCAUCACCGUCCCUAAGUUCCUGGUGGAUCUUUUAUCAGAGAGGAAAACCAUCUCCUACAAUGGCUGCAUGGCACAGAUCUUUUUCUUCCACUUUGCUGGUGGGGCAGAUAUUUUUUUCCUCUCUGUGAUGGCCUAUGACAGAUACCUUGCAAUCGCCAAGCCCCUGCACUAUGUGACCAUUAUGAGGAGAGAGGUGUGGUUGGCCUUGGUGGUGGCUUCUUGGGUGGGUGGUGGUUUACAUUCAAUUGUCCAGGUAAUUCUGAUGCUCCCACUCCCCUUCUGUGGCCCCAACACGUUGGAUGCCUUCUACUGUGAUGUGCCCCAGGUGGUAAAACUGGCCUGCACUGACACCUUUGCUCUGGAGCUUCUCAUGAUCUCUAACAAUGGACUGGUGACCCUGCUCUGGUUCCUCUUGCUCCUGGGCUCCUACACCAUCAUUCUAGUGAUGCUGAGGUCCCACUCUGGGGAGGGGCGGAACAAGGCCCUCUCCACAUGCACUUCUCACAUCCUGGUGGUGACUCUUCACUUCGUGCCUUGCGUUUACAUCUACUGCCGGCCCUUCAUGACGCUGCCCAUGGACACAACCAUAUCCAUUAAUAACACGGUCAUUACCCCCAUGCUGAACCCCAUCAUCUACACCCUGAGAAAUCAAGAGAUGAAGUCAGCCAUGCAGAGGCUGCAGAGGAGGAUUGGGCUUUCUGAGAACAGGAAAUGGGGGUGAGCAGUCAGAUGGAGAGUGAAAGUCCAUCUGAUGUGGUUUUCUCAAAAUGCUAGCCUAAGAGUAACAGGUAGCUAGCUCUUCUGUCCCACUUCAUUGUAUGUCCUGAUAACCACUCGAUUCUACUGGAGGGAGUAAACAAACUAAAAGGAGAAAUGGGAUUAAACAAUGUGAGUUAUCAGCUUGUGGACUGGGAAGAAGAAGGAGAUAUAAGGUUGAAAUCAAUGCUCUAAAUGCUUUUUGGUGUUAUCUGUGACUCAUACCAACACUUACUUUUAGGACCCGUAAUAUGAAAGUAACAUUACUUGCUCACAAGUUUGUCAAAACAAUAAAAUGUGAUCAGUGCUGUGAGGAUGAUAGCUGUGAAGAUUAGCACUGCUCCUGGCAUUAAUCAGGCAUUCAAUCAGCAUUCCCUAUUACUGCUCCUGGCAUUAAUCAGGCAUUCAAUCAGCAUUCCCUAUUACCUAUCCCUUUACUCCUAAAUGUGCAUAUAC